GAGAGCUUGGUGCCGCCCCCUGUGUCGGCAGCGGCGACGGGAGGCGAUAUGGUGGCGGAGCAGGAACGGGCAGUGUACAGCGCCGAAGCUCAGAUCUUGGCGGCCAGGGUAGCGGCGGCCACGGACAGGAGAGACAGCUCACCCCCGACGUCGAAGUUGUCAACUGGGAAGAUGAAUCCCCGGGCACCUGAAUGGAAUAAGAGGCUGAAGAUAGUGCUGCUGCACCGAGCAGAACACCGUGCUCAAACCAUGGGCAAAGCCGCGUGCUGCAAAACAUAUGCAAAUGCGGUUACGGGCCUCAAAUAUCUUCUCAGCAAACUAAAACAUCUCAAGCUGGAUGUGCUCUGCUAGUUCUUAGUUCAAUUCCAUGAACAUAGAGAAGGAUAUCUUGUCAGUCAUCACAGUGUGGUUUCCUUUUGUACUUGUUGAUUGGAUUCUUUGGAGUCCAAAUAUUCUCCAGAUCCAAUACGCUCGACAAUACACACAGAAGCUCGAAUCACGAGGUGCACCUGUGGUCCAGAUUCCAGGAUCAUCUGGACCCGGGAGCCGAAUUGCAUUUCCGGUUGUUACUGAAGCUUGUUUGUUUGGUAUAAUAACAUAGGCCUUAUUUGUGCUA